GUAAACUAGUCUUUGUUGAUGAGCUACAGAGGAGGGCUACAAGCGAACGUCCCCAAAUGCACUCUAGAUUCCUUUUCUGAGAUAGCAGUAGGUAACGCUGACAGUUGGACAAAGGGCACCUGCAAGUUUCACCUCAUCAAGGCGAGGCUUUAGGUGGGUGGGCAGCUUUAAAAUCUAUUUUAUCCAUUUUAUCACAUUAUAUAGGCAAGUCCAGGGGCCGGAAGGUGCCAAUCUUCCCUCUUCCCUCAGCAAACUGCAAGGAGUUUAAUUUCCAGAUAAGACCACGCCACCUGCUGCUCACACCACCCUAAGUUUCCUCCGUGACACUUCCUUGCCCCCAGAGACAGCCAAACCUGUAGUACGGGGGCUAAAUGGGCUUUGUGAAUUAAAAGCACACACAAAAACUCCAUCCCACUGAGCCUUCUCUUCUGUUAACCAAGAGCUCACGCCACUGCUCUUCUCAGGUUCCCCACAAACAAGGAAGAGUUAGGGGAAGAGUUCAAAGAAAGCGGUGGGUUUGAAAUCCUCCCCGCUCUCUGAACAACGAUCUGGCUCGGUGACUGAAGUCGCCUGCGAACUCUGCCGGCCCGGGGGCGGCCACCGCGUAGAGAGCGCUGUCCGCGGCCGCGUGAUCCCGGGGGUGGGGCCCGGUUCAGAGCCGGAGCUGGCUGCCCACCCCUAGGAGGCCCCACGUCCAGGGCCAGGCGCCAAGAAGGCCCUCCCUGCAGGCGGAGACAGCCUCAAGAAGUCGACGCCCGGGCCCCGCCGGGGGGCCAGUACCUAGAGGCGGCCGCCUUGUCAAAUUCCUGCGGCCGCCGCGGCGCGGGGAAUGGAACUCUGAUGGCCAUGGAAGGCUACUGGGGCUUCCUGGGGCUGCUGGUGUCGGCCCUGCUCGUGGGCUUCCUGUCGGUGAUCUUCACCCUCGUCUGGGUCCUCCACUACCGGGAGGGUCUCGGCUGGGACGGGAGCAGCCUGCAGUUUAACUGGCACCCGGUGCUCAUGGUCACCGGCUUCAUCUUCGUCCAGGGCAUCGCCAUCAUCGUGUACAGACUGCCAUGGACCUGGAAAUGCAGCAAGCUCCUGAUGAAAUCCAUCCACGCAGGGUUAAAUGCUGUUGCUGCCAUUCUUGCAAUUACCUCCCUGGUGGCUGUGUUUGAGAACCGCAAUGCCAGGAAUAUCCCCCAUCUGUACAGUCUGCACGGCUGGGUGGGACUGGCAGCUGUCAUAUUCUAUGUCUUACAGCUUCUCCUAGGUAUUUUGAUCUUUCUGCUUCCUUGGGCUCCACUUUCUCUUCGAGCAUUUUUCAUGCCCAUACAUGUUUAUUCUGGACUUCUCCUCUUUGGAACAGCAAUUGUAACAACACUUAUGGGAGUGACGGAGAAACUGGUCUUUUCCCUGCAAAAUCCUCCAUACAGUUCAUUCCCACCAGAAGGUGUUUUCGCAAAUACCCUCGGCCUUCUAAUUCUGGUGUUCGGGGCCCUCGUUUUUUGGAUAGUUUCCAGACCACAGUGGAAACGUCCUAAAGAACCAAAUUCUACCCGUCUUCAGCCAAAUGGAGACCCUGUAGAGGGAGCAGGAGUCUCCAUGACAACCAACUAUGGCCACACAAUGGACAAAGCAGAUUCAGAAUUAAACAAUGAAGCAGCGGCAAGGAAAAGAAAUUUAGCCCUUGAUGAGGCUGGACUGAGAUCCACCAUGUAAAAUGGUGUGGAGACGUAGCAGUGUAUUUUGCUUCUAUUUAGCCAUAAGGUAAUCAAGCUACAUAGUGUCGUUGUUUUUUUUUUUUUAAUUAUAAAGAAAGAUUUCUUGGAAGAUUUGAAUUGAUUGAGGCCUAUGAACUUACCUAAAUUGGAAAGGUUGUGAUCAAUAUAAACAACAGCAGAUACAAAUUGGGGUUAAGUUACCUGUUUCUCGUUGAGAACCAAAGCCUUGCACAGAACAGGUGCUCAAAAUGUGUCUAUUAGUUGGUUAAUUUGAUGAACUGGCAGCGUCCCUAGCCUCUUCUCAUGCAGUCAUUUCCUGUUAAUUCUGAGAGCCCAGUGAGUUCAGAACCAGGUAUAACUUGUGCCGAAAUUUUAAAAUCAGAUUGUGAGACAAUCUGGGAUUGGGACAGAGUUUAAACCAUGUUGUUACACAGAUAUCAUGGUUAGAAUAUAGGGGAAAAAAUUAGGAAAAUAUCUGGCUCCUUUCUCUCUGGGCCUGGUUUCUGUUCCCUCCCCACUUGUUUGGGUUUGCAUUAGCCUUGAAGACCAGGGUUUAUAUUAGGAUAUAAACCUACACCUGUGUAGGAGCAGUGCCCACACCAUAGGUUGUUGAAGAGAUCUCUGGUCAGUCUGACUUAGAUUUUCUAAAACUCAACUUAGUUCCAAGACUUCCCUGAGGUUGGGGUGCUUUAGGACCCAGAUUCUAAACCGCUUAGAAUAAAAAUACACCUGUAUAAGCAGCAAAACUGCUCUACAAAUCUUAAAAAGCACUUUUCCCUAAGUUUCUGUUCUUAUUUUUAGAAGUUCUUACAUGGAACUAUAUGCCAGACACUCUUCUAAGUGCCUUACAGAUAUUAGGUCAUUCAGUCCUCAGACACACCUCAUGAGGUAGAUGUUAUUAUUCCAUUUUAUAGGCGAGACAUCUGAAGGCUGGAGAGAUGGAUAAUUGGACCCAAGGUCACAUAGCUCAUCCAUGGCUGAACUGAGAUUCAAACCUUGGUGAUCUGGCUGCUUAGUCUGUGUUCGUAACCACAUCACUAUGCUACUACUUUUCUGUCUUGUACUAAUUUGCACUUACAUCAACUUACCCCUGAAUAAACCUCAACUGACCAGUGUGGAAUGGAGUUAUUUUUUAUUUUAUUUUUUUUUCCGUUAUAAUAGCCAUCUUUAUUUGUAAAAAUCGGAAUGGAGUUAUUUUUAAAGAGGUGCUUCUUACCUUUUGGCUCUCUUCCCAAAUAACUAAGGAAAGGGCCACCCACACCUCCAGUGGAUCCUGGAGCCCCUGCCACUGCCAAUCAGCCAGGGUGGUGGCUUUGAUCUUUAAAUUGUGUCUUUGUAACAGAAAGAUUUGGGCAAGCCUAUCUGUAGCUUUCCUCUGAUUCAAGCAGCUGAGAGAGACAGAAAGAACAUCUGUAGCUUUUGAGAUUAAUUAUAUGCAAUGUUUUGUUCUUCUUGAUCUUAGGGGCCAAAUAACUUUCGAGUUUGUACUAGAAGAGACCUAUCUCAUGGUCAGCUGUUCUCUGGGACAAUAGUAAAAGUUCUUCCUGAUUUUCGUGGAAUUUGGAGGAUAUUUUGAGCUUUGGGUUCCUAUCAGUGGAUUGAGACUUAGAGAUAAGAACUUUUCAUGUGUGGAGAUCUCUGUCUGGAUUCUGGGAUGACUUAAAUGAAAACCUAGAAUAGUACCUAUGCUGAAAUGAUACCUUUCAUUUUUCAGUUUAUUUUUGGUUUCCAUGAAAUCUUACAGGGAAGCAUCUAAUGUGGAUAAAAACCUUAUAGUUUAUACCAAAUGCCCUUAACAUUUUUGGUGCUUAGUGUAUUUCCUUUUGAUUAUUUCCAAAGACUGAAUAUGAGCUAUACUUUAUCAUCUCCCUUAAACUUCAUGGAGAACCAUUCAAGAUUCUCCUAUUGUAACACUAUUUCUUCUCAUUUAAUUAAUUCUACUUCCAAAAUUGGUAACAGUGACAGAAGCAUCCCCAGUGCCCAACCUAAAGCCUGGCAUAUAGUUAAGUAGCACAGUUAAAUUCAGGACGGGCACAGCAUGGUACAAUCUUGGUGCUAAGUCAAAGGAAUUGCAUAGUCACAUACCAUUUGAUAAAUGGAUGUUUCAUUAUGUAGAGGUGCACAAAAUUCCAGGGAUUGUUUUUUUUUGGGGGGGGGGACAGUGACUAAGCCCCAAGAAUUGAAGCUGCUGUUCUUUUUUAUAUAGGCCAAGAAAGAGGUUAAGAGUGAAAAGUUAAUUAUGGAUUUGGCACUAGAAUAGCUCUAUUGCAAAGGAUUUGAGCAGCCCUCAUCACAGCCCUUUAUUUUAUCUUUUAGGUAGGCUAAUGCAAGGGUAAUCUUACAGAUAUUAUAGGAACUUCUUUCUUUUUCAGCCUUUAUAAAUAAUACAUAGUAAAAUAUAUCUAGAAAACCCUUUUGUUUUAGACUCUUCUUAUAAUGGGCUUUUUAUCGCAGUGAUAAUUAUACCUUUAUCUUUCAGAAGGCGAUAUUUCCUACCAAAAGCAUCUCCCCCCAAAAUAUCUCAUUAAAAAGUCCCCAAAGAAUAGGGGAGAACAAAGCCUUAGGUAUCAAUUCCAAAACAGUGAUUGAGACCUCCCCAAAUAAUUAUAGUUUAUAUCAUCUGCACAGGUAAUCUGGCUUGGCUUACCCCAUAAUCUAAUUUCAGAAAAGAAAGCUUUAUUUUAACACUCAUUUGAAUCAACACGAAAGCCUUUUCUCUCAAAGCAUUUAUUGAGAAAUUCCAGUGAAUACAUUUUUUGAAUUAAUGUCAUCAAAAGCGCACAGCUUCCUGUGCUUCUUGUGUCAAACCAAAUCCACCCUCCGGCUUUCCUGCCUUUAUUUGCAUAGUUUGCUUUAAGCUGUGAUGUUUAGAAACAGCAUCUCAGCCCUUACCAUGAAAUGACAAAGAAGACAAUUACACUUUUGAGGGGAUACUGACAAAUACCUUCUGUUUUCUAAAGGACAAAAUGAAGAGUGUGUCUCAUUUUUAAUUAGGCUCAUUCCCCUGUUGAGCUGGAAAUUCCAGUGCAGCCCUGAUUGACGACCACUGCCAAUCUGAAAACACAAAGGAAGGAGUAAAGCUUUAUGCUAAUUUUAUCUCAAUAUAAUGGAAUUUUUAUCUUAGCAUGUCCUUUCGUAGAUAGCUCUCACCAAAAACUGUAACUGCUGUGUCUUAUAGGAAAGUACAGAAAGAAAGAGAAUUAGUAUUAUUUAUCCUCACAAGGUACCUAAAAAUCUUAUGAGGAAAAGUUUUCUAUCUUUAAAUUUGCCUUUUUAUCUUAAUACAUUUAUGGAAAAAUAUCAAAAUAUCCUGAAUAUUUUAUAAUUUUGUAGGGAGAAACAAUGUAUCUAUUUUUUCUUAUCUUUUUAUAUAGUAAUAAAAGUUAUUUUGGAAACUCUG